AUGGAUUGGGUGUCCCAUAACCAUUCCCGUUCCCUUUCGAGUCGUCUGGAUCUAGCAAGAGCAACUCAAGCUACCGAAUUUGUUCCAAGAGUUAUUAGUUCCAGUACAUCUGCUUCUCCUAAUUUCUUUGGAUAUUCAAGUUCAAACUCUUCACUUCAUUCAAUAUCAAAGAAAUUAGAUGAUGGCAGUUUAUCCACAUCCCAUAUUUCUUCAGAAUCUUCUUCGCCCCCCUUAGCAAACUUACCAAACAAUUCAUCUAUUGUAACUAGUUCACCUGUUCAGUCAGAGAAAGUGGGAUCUAGUCCAGGACCUUCUUUACCAGCCUACCAAGAAAAUGUUGGUGGUACUACCUACUUCUAUCAGAUACAGACCACACCAGAGAACUGCCAACCAAAUGAACCAGCAGUAACUGUAGGUGGCUCCUUACCAACUGAAUACAACGUCUACACGGGUAAAAAAGAUCCAUCUUUUUUUUUGUCCGAAGAUCUCCGAAGCGAUAUUCUAAAUAGAAAUGUGUUAACUUUGUUACAACCUGACCCUCAGCAAUAUCCAGAUCUUCCGCAAGAUGUAGAUAGCUACCACGAGCUGUUUCCUCUCGAACCCAUAUCAAAUACUUUGCAUAAGGCUCAUUUGGGCUAUCAGGCGACCAUGUACAAAGCGACUCACAUCAAAACUGGUAUGCACUACUGUUUAAGAAGAAUCCAUGGAUUUAGGUUAUCUAACACUAAAUGUAUGGCAUAUGUCGAGCUGUGGAGAAAACUCACCCAUUCCAAUAUAGUUCAGUUGAAAGAAGUGUUUACCACGAAAGCUUUCGGUGAUAACUCCAUGAUAUUUGUGUACGACUAUCAUCCCGGUUCAGAAACACUGCUGAACAAACAUUUUUCACCGGACCAACCAGGUUAUUGUGAUCCGUUCUUAAAUGAUAGUUCUACACCGAGACCAUAUAGUUAUCAGAAAAAUAACCUGCUGCGGCACACUCAAAAUAAUAAACUUCCUGAACCAUUGAUUUGGAAUUACAUCAUUCAGCUUACAUCAGCUUUAAGAAUCAUUCACUCUUCAGCACUUGCGUGCAGAAGUUUAGAUCCAACGAAGAUUAUUAUUAAUUCCCGAAAUAGGUUAAGAUUAAGUUGUUUAGGAGUAAUGGAUGUAGUGCUUCAAGAAACAAAUUCAACCAUCAACCACAUAGCACUAGUUCAACAUUAUCAGCAGGAAGACUUAACUGCUUUAGGAAAAUUGGUUCUAGCUCUGGCUUGCAAAUCGACCAUGGCUGUGCAAAGAGAAAACAUAUCUACAGCUUUAGAUAUUGUCAGUCGUUCCUACACCACUGAUCUCCGCAAUCUGAUUAUGUAUUUAUUAGGUACACAACAAAGAAGAAGCGUUACUGAUCUUAUGCCAAUGAUUGGUGCUAGAUUUUACAAUCAAUUGGAUACAUUACACAACCACAUCGAGACACUCGAUCACGAACUGUCGAAAGAAGUACAAAACGGCCGCCUUUUUAGAAUUAUGACCAAAUUGGCUACUAUUAAUGAACGACCAGAUUUCAAUUUGGAAAGUACAUGGGCAGAAACUGGAGAUAGGUAUAUGUUAAAACUAUUCCGAGAUUAUGUAUUCCAUCAAGUGACCGAAGACGGCAACCCUUGGCUCGACAUGGCGCACAUCGUUCAAUGUCUCAACAAACUGGACGUGGGCGUUCCUGAAAAGAUAAGUCUGGUGUCACGUGACGAACAAAGCGUCCUCGUGGUCUCGUACGCCGAACUAAAACAUUGUUUAGAACAGUCUUUCAGCGAACUAACCAGUUCAUCCUCAGGCCUCCAAGAAUUAAAUAGAAUAUCAUAA